GCUGCGGAGAGUUUCACACUCGCUCCUUUACUCAAGCCAUCGACUGCAAGACACCAAAAAUGGUUGACACUAAUUGGAGUGAUUUCGAGAGUUUUUUCAACGAGACAUACAGUGAGGAGACCUAUGAAGGCAGCAUCGUAACCGCAGAGGUAAUUUUAUGCAAGAAAGCCGAUGUGAUUCGAUUCAGUGCUGCAUUUCUUCCAGCGUUUUACUAUAUUAACUUCUUGCUGAGCUUGCUUGGGAAUGGACUGGUGCUGUGUAUCAUCUACAAGUUCGAGAAGCUCAGCACGGUCACCAAUAUCUUCUUACUCAACCUCGUGAUAUCAGAUCUCAUCUUCGCCUCCAGUCUUCCCUUUUGGGCAGUCUACCACAAAUCCGAAUGGAUCUUCGGUAAGAAUCUUUGCAAGUUUGUCGGCAGCUGUUACUCAGUCGGCUUCAACAGCUCCAUCCUUUUCCUCACCCUCAUGACUUUUGACCGCUAUUUAGCCGUGGUCCACUCCAUCGCAGCAGCCCAGAGCAGGAGAAUGGCAUAUGCAUUCGGAUCAUCCGCCGCUGUUUGGGUGGUCAGUAUUGUGGCUAGCAUCAAGGAUAUAGUUCUGUACGACGUAAUGAAAACAGAAGACGGUUUGCUUUGCGAAAUGACCGGUUACAAUCAGACAUUCCUCACAAAGUGGGAGCUUAUCGGCUAUUAUCAGCAGUUUUUCCUCUUCUUUAUGGUUCCUCUGAUUAUCGUUUUGUACUGCUAUGUUCGGAUCACCAUCAGAAUCAUGUACACGAGACUGAUGGAGAAGUGCAGGGCGGUCAAGCUCAUUUUUAUCAUUGUGUUCACCUUCUUCAUCUGCUGGACGCCUUACAAUGUGGUCAUCCUGUUAAAAGCCAUUAAGACGUACUUCAAGGUCCAGAACGAUUGCUCGAAUGCUCUCGAUUACGCGCUGUAUGUGACUCGCAACUUUGCUUAUCUCUACUGCUGCAUCAGUCCUGUCUUCUACACUUUUUUGGGGAAGAAGUUCCAGAGUCAUUUUCUGAAGCUUCUGUCCAAGCGUAUACCAUGUCUGAAGAUUGAUGCCAUGUGGUCUACACAGAGCAGUAAGAACACGUCAUUCAGGAGCCCAAAUACUGAUUUUUGAGCAUUUUUAGUGGCGGACAGGUGAACAAAAGAUUUGUUUAGAAAUGUGUCAUUGAGAGGACACAAAGAAUCAAGAGAGUCUGAAAUCCAAUCUUCAUUUGAAUUAAAAGUUCACCAGAAAAUUAACAUUCCUCCAUCAUUUACUUGUUCCUAACCAGUUUGAGUUUUGUUGUGAAGAUAUUUGUUGAAGAUGUUAAAUUGUUAAGAUGUUUUUGUUAAAAUAAGAUGUUUAGAAGAACAAUAAAAAAAUUCAUUCAUUGAUUUUCAUCCGCUUUUCCGGGGCCAUGCCGUGAGGGCAGCAGUCUCAGGAGAGAACCCUUGACUUUCCU